AUGGACACUCAAAGCUCCAAUACUGGCGGAGGAGAAAACUCUGCCACCAAAGUGCAGGAGGUCGACAUUCAAAUCCCUGCCAAUCCCGCCGAUCCUGCUUUCUUCAAUCUCACUCUCGAAGCGCGCCACAAAGCCUACCACCUCCUUCUCGACCCCAGAGGCACCAAGACCCUGGUCGUCGAACCCCCCAACUCUCUGGAUGCCGUCACCAAACUACUCGCCAUCUCUGAACAAGUCCGCGAUGAAGUCACCACUUUGAUCGCCUCCGACUACAAGGCUCGUAUCCAAGCUGGUCUCUACUACAACCUCAAGCUCGAGCCCCACACCAUCGCCGUUGCUGGACCCAAGAAGAAGAGCAAGAGAUCCAAGAAGCAAGACCCUUCACCCACCACGGCACCUCUUCCCGCAAUCAAAUUAUGGACCCUCGAUAUCAUUGUCUUCACCGCAGAAAUGCAAAUCAGAGUCACCGCGAACCUGAACUUCAAAACCAACACCGUCGCAGUCCGUCUGCCUGGCUUUGAGGAUGGCCUGGCCAUGUUCUCUUCCAACUACUGUGAUCACCUGUUUGAGGAGUUUGAGGAAGCUUUUCUCGAGCCUAUGAAGGUGUUUACUGGUAAGGAGGGGUUUGAUGGUGUUAUGUUGGAGGAUGUGGAGGUGUUGUUGCGUGAGGUGGAGUUGCCUUGCCCUAAGUAUUUCUGGGAUAAUGAUGAGUUGUUUGGUUGCUAGGAUGAGGACAUGCAGGAUUGUCAUGGUUACGGAAAUCACGAGGACAUGGUUUGUUUUGAUGCUGUCAAUGACGAGGAUGAUGGUUAUGAGAUUGAUUCCGCUUAAAGGCUUCAAGUCUGGAGCGAAGG